AUGGAAGAUUCUGUUGCAUCCAAGUCAAUGACGUUAGAGGAGACAUUGUACCUGUUCCGCCACAUAUUUCUCCCACCAGAAGUUCCCCAGGCAGAAGAUUACAAUGUGCAACAAGAACAUCGUCUCCUCGAGAGCGUCGUUGAUGCUCUCCGCAGGUUCAGCGAUUACGUUCCGACCGCAGAUACUACUAUCGUACGUAAGGCCACCGAGAUGGUUUCUCGCCUAAGAAAGGCAUACAGCCCUCAUGGGGACGUUGAUGAAAAGCAGCUCGAGAUGAGUCUGGCAGAGCUACCUAUUCGGGGUAAGCAUUGCACGCAAAUUAUUGUGCUCAUUUCUAACCAGGCCGUAGGCGGAUUCCUCCCAAUUCACGUUCGCGAGCAAAACGCAGGAAUCUUCCUAUACUGGCAUAACGAUGCGAUACACAUCGAAUCUUUUGAGUUGUCAGCUCGCAAUGAAGCCGUUACAACAACAGUGGGACGGCUGCGCCGUGAUUUCCCGGGUCCGACUAUGGUUAUGAAUAGGGCAACUUUCGAGGAACCCGGAUUCCGAGCGUUCAUGGCGCAAACGAUUUCCAGAAUGAGUCACCAGCCCGUUGCUGGAACCAAGCCAAGAGUCAAGAAGGCUGGACAGGAGCACGAUGAGACCAGGGACACAACGCAUCCCAAAAUGGUGACAGAGCUUCUCAUGUCGACUCUUCGUCCUCGAUGCACCGACAUCGCGUCUGUACAGAUUCAGAAGAACACUCGCGAGGAAGUAAUGUGGCGUGAUUGCCAAUCGCCGUGGCGCCGAUCUGCAUUAUGGCUCCUGGUGCGCGUGACACUGCAGCUAGUAUUUCGCAGACUGUCUACAGAAGGGAGCUUGGACGAUCUGUACAAACAAUUCAUGGUCUUCUUCAUGACCUCGAUAGUUGACAGGGCUUCAAUUGCAAUACCCUCCGAGAGUCUCUUUCUUAUGAAUGCCAAGAUCGUUCGCAGACUGCUUAAGCUUGACUUGGCAGUUGUGCCUGCCUGGUUCACCUCAGUUCAGGAAAUCUUGAGUCGUACAAGCAGCGCAGUUCAAGGCCAGUGGACGCAUAUUAGGAGCAAAAAUAGCCACAGUGUUGACAUGCCACUGCUGCGUGAUUUAAAUUUCCGUCAAGAUAUUCAAUGUGCGCUCCCCUGCCUUGACCGCUACAUCGAGAGCAUAGAAAAUCGAAGCAACAAACGCCCGUGCAGAGAAAGUUUCCAGCCGCAAUCGAAGUUGAUCAAAUACCAACGAACAGAGCUUCCAAAUCACCUCGAUUCACACGAUUCUGAUUACCAAGCGUACAACCUUGCUGCCUUUGAGGAUUGGGUUGCUUCGGAUCUCAAUGCAUGGCUGGAAAUUCACCAGGGCGAGGAGGCAGCCUGUGGUCAACUCGGUGCUUUGAUGACUCGAUACUUCGAGAAAGCGUCUUCGUCGUAUUCAGACAACCCCGAAGCUACAUCAGUCAUGCUUCUUACGCUCUUAGAGUUCUGGAUUGCCUGCGACAAAUCCGCGAUUCACCUACAUGAGACCUUGAGAGACUAUGACACAUGCAUACCAGUUGACUGCUUUCAAUCACUUUUGCUGCCUUUUCGAUCGCACAUGGAGAGGCUGGCGUGUGCUGAAAAGUAUCUGAGUCGACGUCAGGCUCGCCUUCGCUACCAUGGCCCGAACAUUUUCCAGGAAUUCGGGACUUCCUCCUGCUUCGCUGUUCGAUACUUCGAGCAGUCUCACAAACAUCAGCAAUUGCUUGCAGCCAUCGAAGAAAAUGCCACUCAGGAGAGGACGAAGAAAAAGGUCGAGCUUCGGGAAAAGCAGCAACGUUACCGGGAAUUGAUGGCAUUAUCUUCUAAGACACCAUGUGAAUAUGUCGAAAUUAUUGUGGAUAAGAGACUUGGGCUUCGGGAUAGAGUCCACAGCAGCGAUUGCCCUCGAGAACGUUAUCAAAGGCAGGCCGAGUCGAUUGAAAUCAGCAUACAUGAGUGGCCUCUGCCGACCAAUCGCUCAAGGGCCAAAGCCACUGUCUUCGAACUUCGAGUACCCGAGCCCUUUGGAAGCUGGCGUGACACCACGCUGUUUUUCCUGCAUCGGUGUUUGAAUAUGAAGUACGCGGUGGAAGAACGGCCCAGAGCAGAGCAUCGUCCACACACAUAUCGAGGUCUGUCUCCGUUCUUCAGCAACCACGGGCGUAACCAGCGGAUUAGUCUUCUUUCUCAGAAUAAACCUCACGAGAGAACUCAUCGACGCGACAGGUUAAUUCUCAAUGUGACCGAAAAUGAUGUCUGCCUCAACAAUGGACUUCACUUCCAAUACUUUGACAAUGUUCUCGGAUGUUUUGUGAGCGGCUUUGACUGGACUCAUCAAACAGAGACUUCCUGCACCUAUAGGUUCCCGGCACACCGUUCAGCGCUGCAGCAAUUUCUGUUUCGACCUGCCAUGAAUCCACAUGGCCCGUCACCAAAUACUGUCAUUGCGACACAGUGCGAUGCCCCUGCUGACAUGUCACUGGAAGAAUACAAGGCCCUUGCAACCAUGCCCCUUGGACUGGAGAUCCAAUGGCAAAAUAUCCUGCUGGAACUGUCGAUGCCAUCGGUGGACAUGAAAAAAAUCGAAACCACAAUCUUUGUGCUCCAGAUAAUCAAUCAAGCGGGCCCAUCCAAAACAGGCACGACAUUGAGACAAGGACAUGCGAUUUUGUGCGACGAGGUAUUCACAGUCGAGGUACUCUCGCGAAUUGAAGAGACAAUGGAGAGGAUCCAGCAAAAUUGGGAGACCAUAAAUGGGAUCAAUAGUCUCAUUCGGCUGGUUUUGAGGAUUUUGUCUUUGUCUCCUUCUCAGAAAGUCUGUGCGAUGUGCCUUCAGUGUCUAAACAACCUCCGCCGAUCUGCUUUCCACUGGCUCAAUCUUGUCAGAACGAAAGCUAGUGAGACUAUUGAUGAUACACAGAAAACCAAUUUAAUUGCAAAGAGCGUUCAUAUCGCUUUGGUCUGCACAGAGACAUUCAAUGCAGAAACCAUUGCCCCUAUGUUCGCCAUCUCGGCGGAUGUUUCGAUCUUUCUGCAGUGCUGUUCAGUCAUUGGGAACGGGAGGAACUCUCUAACAACAGAAUCAGGUUCAUUGCUUCAAAUUCUGUACCAUCGGUGGCAAGUUCUGUGUUAUCGCAGCCAUGUUAUUCUCGCAGAGCGUAUCGUUGAAUGCAAGAACCCAGGACUAGACCUGGCCAUCGACGCAGCCUGGGCAGCCUAUGACAAGACCUCUAAGUGGUCCAGGGUGUCAAACGACGUGACAUAUUGGUUGUUUACUCGGUUUGCCGGCCAGUCCGGGUCUAGCGAAGACAUGUUGUAG